AUGGAAACAAUUUAUAUACAACAAGAUAAUGCUCCGUGUCAUGUUUCUAUUGACGAUGAAGAAUUUCGUAAAGCAGCUUCUGAAGGAGGAUUUGACAUCCCUAAACGUAGCACUCUUCAGAGCCUCGCAUUUGCCUUGGGCAUUAGCAAAACAGCAUUGUUUAAGUUUGUAAAGGAUGGGACUUUGCGUCGGCAUUCAAAUGCUCUAAAGCCACAAAUGAAAGAUAGCAAUAUGAAAGAUCGUCUUAGAUUUUGCUUGUCCAUGCUUGAAGAAACUAGUCUUCCUCAUGAUCCGGAGUUUAAGUCUAUGCAUAAUAUCGUCCACAUAGAUGAAAAAUGGUUCUACAUGACCAAAAAAUCAGCUAACUACUACCUUCUUGAAAAUGAGGAUGAGCCAUAUCGCACAUGCAAAAAUAAAAAUUUUAUUGGAAAAGUCAUGUUUUUAGUAGCAGUCGCUAGGCCUAGAUUUGAUGACGGUGAUAAGGAGAUAUUUUCGGGAAAAAUUGGCGUCUUUCCUCUUGUUCAAAAAGUUGCAGCAAAAAGGUCAAGUAUCAAUAGAGCUUCGGGUACACUUGAAACUAAACCGAUUACUUCUAUCACUAAAGAAGUUAGUCGAAAUUUUCUAAUCAAUAAAGUGUUACCUGCAAUUAAAGAAAAAUGGCCGAGAGAACAUGCAAUGGAAACAAUUUAUAUACAACAAGAUAAUGCUCCGUGUCAUGUUUCUAUUGACGAUGAAGAAUUUCAUAAAGCAGCUUCUGAAGGAGGAUUUGACAUCCGUUUAUCUUGUCAACCACCGAAUUCUCCUGAUUUAAAUGUUUUAGAUCUGGGUUUUUUCAAUGCCAUUCAAUCAUUACAACAAAAGGAAGUUUCAAAAUCAGUUGAUGAACUCAUUGAAGUUGUGCAAAACUCAUAUGAUAAUUUUUCUAGCAAACAAUCUGACAAAAUUUUUCUCACACUUCAAUCUUGUAUGAUUGAAAUCAUGAAAAUUAAAGGAUCUAAUAAUUACCGAAUUCCCCAUAUGAAGAAAGAAGUGUUGCUUAAUCGAGGCAUACUACCUACGCAACUAAAAUGUGACCGAGAGAGGUUGGUUCUAGAUCAUGGAAUUUACAUGGAGAAGGAAAUAUGA